UCUCAACUACGUCUACGCCUAUGCCCUCCUCGACUUCCUCCGCUCCGAGAACUGGAGCUGCAAUAAGGCUAGCAAGGCUCAUAAUCCCCUCCAACUACCGCUCUUCACGUUGGCCAGGCCGUUUCCUGCUCUGGACAGGCCAUCUCCAUAAUGCUGUGGGUCUGAUGAUCUCUGAGCUUCGUGAUCCCCUCCUGAGCGCAUUAAAAGCUGGCUACUUUAAUGCAUUUGAUUCUUCUAUCUACCGCUGCAACGCGUUCUGGUUCUUCUUGGCAGGAUUUCAAAUGGUCAUAGGUGGAAGGAUGAUGAACUUGCAUUUAUUCUCAAGCUCGAAUGAUGGAAAACAAGAAGGAGAACAGUUCCAGCAUAAGUAUUCUCAAAGCCUUAGUCAGAGAAAGCUCCCUCGAGAGGUGGGAUGGUGGCUUCUGGCCAUAGGGAUGGGUGGUGCAAUCGCCAUGCCAGCAAGUGGGUUCUAUUUAGUGGGACUGCAAGGCCUUGCCAUUCUUUUUGCACUGUAAAUAGA